AGUUAACGAUGUUGUAUUAUAUUUACAAAUAUGAAAAUUAGUUUGACUUCUAAUACAUUUGUUUUGAUCCUCUAACCAAACCACACAAUAAUGUCAAAGAAUUAGUUAUAACUAGAAAAAUUCUAACAUAUUGAUGAUAUUUUAGACAAAAAUCCUUAACCAAAAUACAUUGAAUGGAUAACUUCAACGUGCUAGUCUAUUGCUUUCUUCACUUCCACUUCAUACCAACCUCCAAUACCUUGGAAACCAUUCUACCAGGACAAUCAAUCAAAGGUAAUGAAACUCUAAUCUCAGCAGAUGGAACUUUUGAAGCUGGUUUCUUUAACUUUGAUAAUUCAAAUAACCAAUAUUUUGGUAUAUGGUACAAGGACAUUUCACCACGAACUGUUGUGUGGAUAGCAAACCGAGAUUCUGCAGUAGAAAACUCAUUAGGAGUUUUGAAUCUCACCGAUAAAGGAACUCUUGUUAUUGUUGAUGAUUCCAAAGGUGCUAUGAUAUGGUCCUCUAACACAUCAACAACAGGUGCAAACCCAAUUCUGCAACUCUUGGAAAAUGGAAACCUUGUUGUGAAAGAUGAAACCAAACCAGAUACUAUUUUGUGGCGAAGUUUUGAUUUUCCUGGUGACACUUUACUCCCUGGUAUGAGAAUCCGAAGCAGUUUGGUAAAAGGCGAUUCUACAGGUUUGGUUUCGUGGAGAGAUACGCAAGAUCCUUCUACUGGUUUGUAUUCAUAUCAUAUAGAUACUAAUGGUUUUCCUCAAGUAGUGACUACUAGAGGAAACACAUUAUUGAAUCGAGUUGGUUCUUGGAAUGGAUAUAGUUUAUCUGGAAGUUCGUCUCCGGAUCUUUUAAAAUCAUUUAAUAUCACUUUUGUGAUUACUGAGAAGGAAGUUUCUUAUGGAUAUGAACUUUUGCACAACUCAGUUCUUUCAAGGUAUAUGCUUAAUUCGAUGGGACAAGUAACGCAGUUCUCGCUGUCGGAUGAUAGAAAAAGUUGGCAAAUUCUCUUCAUUGGCCCAUCGGAUCUGUGUGACAAUUAUGCUUACUGUGGUACAAAUUCUAACUGUGAUGCUGAUAAUUCUCCAAUAUGUGAAUGUCUUGACGGUUUCAUUCCAAAAUCUCGAGAAAAAUGGAAUCCGCAAAAUUGGACUGAUGGUGGUUGUGCUAGGAGAGUGAAGUUAGAUUGUGGUAAUAUUAGUAGUAUUAGUAGUGACGGUUUUUUGAAACUUGUGGGAAUGAAGCUGCCAGAUACAUCAAAAUCUUGGUUUAACAAGAGCAUAAACCUUGAAGAAUGUGAAAGAUUGUGUUUAAGAAACUGUUCUUGCACAGCUUAUGCAAAUUUAGAUAUCAGAGAUGGUGGAAGUGGUUGCUUGAUUUGGUUUAAUAACAUUUUGGAUGUCAAAAAACUAAGGUAUGGAGGACAAGACUUUUACAUGAGAGUUGCAGCUUCAGAACUAGGUGCUAACACAGGUUUGAAGAAGAAGAAGCAUGCAGGAAUUCUAGUAGGCUGUAUAAUGUCUGUUGUGAUCAUGAUAAUACUCGGAGUCGCCAUACAUCGCGUCCGGAAGAAGAAACUUGAGAAACAAGGGAAUAAUCAACCCAACAAUAAUGAUAAUGAAGAUAUUGACAUACCAAUAUUUGAUUUAUCAACCAUAGCUAAUGCAACUAAUAACUUCUCCAUUGAUAACAAAUUGGGGCAGGGAGGUUUUGGACCAGUUUACAAGGGUAAAUUGGAAAAUGGACAAGAUAUCGCUGUGAAGAGACUUUGCAAUACUUCAGGACAAGGACCAAAGGAGUUCAUAAAUGAAGUUAAGCUAAUUGCCAAACUUCAGCAUAGAAAUCUUGUUAAACUACUUGGCUGUUGCAUUCAAGGUGAUGAGAAACUCUUGAUCUACGAAUUCAUGAUCAACAGAAGCUUGGACUACUUAAUUUUCGACCAAACUAGAAAAAGUUUACUGCGUUGGACUCGACGAUUCCAAAUUAUUCGUGGGAUUGCUCGAGGACUUGUUUAUCUUCAUGAAGAUUCUAGAUUAAGGAUUAUCCACCGAGAUCUCAAGACAAGCAAUAUUCUUCUUGACGAAAAUAUGAAUCCUAAAAUAUCAGACUUUGGUCUUGCUAGAACAUUAUGGGGAGAUGAAGCUAAAGGUGAAACAAGCAGAGUAGUAGGAACUCACGGUUACAUAUCUCCAGAAUAUGCAACACGUGGAUUUUUCUCGGUGAAGUCAGAUGUAUUUAGUUUUGGUGUUAUUAUACUAGAAACAAUUAGUGGAAAAAAGAACAGGGAAUAUAGUGACUAUCAUGAUCUCGAUCUUCUUGGAUAUGCAUGGAGAAAGUGGUGUGAAAAAAAGGCAUUGGAGGUGAUAGAUGAACCUCUGAGCGAUUCGAUUGUUGUAGCAGAAGCAGAGAUAUUGAGAUGUAUACAGAUAGGUCUUUUAUGUGUUCAAGAGAGAGCUGAUGAUAGGCCAACUAUGUCAGCUGUAAUUCUAAUGCUGAAUGGUGAAAAAACAUUGCCUGAGCCAAAGGAACCAGCUUUUUAUCCACACCAAUUUGGCUCUUCAUCAGAAGGAACUAUUAAACUACAUUCAAAUAAUGAAGUUUCUAUAACAUUGUUACAAGCAAGAUAGUAUAUAUGAAAAAUGCAUUAUUUAUCACUCUCUCCAACUUAACUUAAUGCAUAGGAAUAAAUACAUUUUUUGUAUUUAUAAAGUGAAUAUCAAAGUUAGUAUAGUUUUUUCUUCCA